UAUAGGCGGUAUCAAAUCAUCACUAUAUUCAUCACAUACAACGCCAAAAUUAUUAGCAGUAGCAGUUCUAAUUAGACUAUACGUAUAUAUAUUUGGUCUCUAAAUUGAGCUAAGAAUCAAUCUUCUAUUCAUCUAUCUUAGAAAAAUUAGGGGUAUGCCAACUUUAUUGGUUAUAUGGUGUAUAUUGGUUGGUGUUCUGGGGAAUUUGCAGAAAGGUGAGGGUCGAAUUAGACAUUACAGAUGGGAUGUGAAGUACGAGUAUAAGUCCCCUGAUUGCUUCAAGAAGCUGGUGAUCACCAUUAAUGGGAGAUCUCCAGGACCCACCAUCCAGGCAGAGGAGGGUGACACUGUGGUUGUUGAAGUUAACAACUCUCUCGUCACUGAAAACCUUGCCAUCCAUUGGCAUGGGAUUAGACAGAUUGGAAGUCCUUGGUUUGACGGAACAGAAGGUGUAACUCAAUGUCCAGUACUUCCCGGAGACACAUUCAAGUAUCAGUUUGUUGUGGACCAGGCUGGAACAUAUCUAUACCAUGCUCACUAUGGAAUGCAAAGGGAAGCAGGGCUAUAUGGACUAAUUAGGGUGUCACCACGUCAGCCAGAACCAUUUGCAUAUGACUAUGAUCGAAGUAUCAUUUUGGAUGAUUGGUUCCACAAGAGCACAUAUGAACAAGCAGCUGGAUUGUCUUCAAUUCCUUUCCAAUGGGUCGGGGAACCUCAGUCACUGUUGAUAAAUGGAAAAGGAAGGUUCAACUGCUCUUUAUCAUCUCCAGUAACUGGAAUUUGUAACGCAACAAAUCCAGAAUGCGCUCCCUAUUCACAAACGGUGGUCCCUGGAAAAACAUACAGACUCAGAAUUGGCAGCUUGACCACUCUUUCAGCCCUCUCUUUCCAAAUUCAGGGCCAUAAGAUGAGAGUGGUGGAAGCAGAUGGACACUAUGUUGAGCCAUUUGAGGUAGAGAAUUUGUUCAUAUACUCUGGUGAGACCUACUCGGUUCUGGUUAAAGCAGAUCAAGACCCUAAAAGAAACUAUUGGAUCACCUCUAACGUUGUAAGCAGAAACAGAACCACACCACCUGGUUUAGCCAUUUUCAACUACUAUCCUAACCACCCUAUGCGCUCUCCUCCAACCCCACCACCAACACCCCCUGCUUGGGACGACGUUAAGCCCAGGCUGGCCCAGAGCCUCGCCAUCAAAGCCCGCCAAGGCUUCAUUCAAAAGCCUCCAACAACCUCUGACAGAGUCAUAGUACUCCUCAACACCCAGAACACCAUAAAUGGUUAUCGCAAAUGGUCCGUUAACAAUGUUUCUUUCAGCCUCCCUCAGACCCCUUACCUUGUUGCACUCAAAGAUAAUCUAAAAGACGCAUUUGAUCAAACACCUCCUCCUGAAGGCUAUGAUUCUGUUAACUAUGACAUUUUCAGUGUCCAAAACAACACCAAUGCUACUUCCAGCAAUGGUAUUUACAGGCUGGAGUUCAACUCAACGGUGGAUGUUAUACUUCAGAACGCAAAUACCAUGAACAAGAACAAUAGCGAGACACACCCGUGGCAUCUUCAUGGACAUGAUUUUUGGGUUCUUGGGUAUGGAAAUGGAAAGUUUGACAAGGACAAGGACCCUAAGAAGUACAACUUGGAGAACCCCAUAUUAAAGAACACUGUUCCGGUGCAUCCCUAUGGUUGGACUGCACUGAGAUUCAAAGCCAAUAAUCCUGGAGUGUGGCUAUUCCAUUGCCACAUAGACUCACACUUCUACAUGGGUAUGGGAGUCGUCUUUGAAGAAGGAAUCCAUAGACUUGCUGAGAAGCUUCCUUCUUCUAUUAUGGGUUGCGGUGAAACCAAAACUUUUAGACCUUAAUUAGUAAUAAUAACCAAUUCAACCACUUACAAUCAAUAUUGUUUCAUCUCAUUUCACACUUACCUGUAUUCUUUUAUACGUUUCAAUUGUAUUGUUAUUAUAUUAUUUUAUCAAUAUUGCUUCAUCUA